AUGUCCGAGGCGCAACGCGAGCGGGAGGUGCAGCGAUAUCUCCAGAGCUGGCAGGUUGCGCAGGGUUCCUCAUUCAAUGUCGCCCUCAACGUCGAUAGCAUCGCCGCCCAGGACUUACAUGGAAAUGGCUACAAGCCCAAGGCCUCGGCCGACAAGGCUCUCACAGCCUUUGCCCAGCUGGCCGUACUGAAACUGAACGUCAAGCGUGCCAUGGUGUCGCUGAUCGAUUCCACCACCCAAGUCAUCCUUGCCGAGGGUACCCGUAACAUUCAACUCGGAGACUUUGACCACUUGCAGGACCCUCAGAGCAGCGGCUUGAACAAUGGGGAUGACCAGACGAACAGUGGUGAUAGCGAACUUUGGCUCGGCGCCACCAUCCUAUCUCGUCCCGAUGCUGUCUGCGAACACUCAAUGGUGAACACCUGCACUGGUCUAGACCACAGAGGCCGCUCGUACACGGCGACCGGACUCAUUGUCAAUGACUGCCGCCUCGACCCUCGCUUCAGCCAACGUCCGUACGUGCUGUCGGAACCGGGCGUACGCUUCUACGCUGGCGUGCCCAUCAUCUCACGCAGCGGCCACAAGAUCGGAUCUUUUGCCGUUUCCGACGAACGACCUCACGAUGGACUUACGGCGGAUGAGAUUCGGUUCAUGCAGGGCGUUGCCCAGACGGCCAUGGAGCAUUUGGAGUGGGCACGAGAUCGCGUGGACAGGUUCAAGGGCGAGCGGAUUGUGCGGGGACUGGCGACUUUUAUCGAGGGAUGUUCCAGCAUGAAUGAGGAUUCGACUUCUGUGAAGGACGAUGUACCGAGAAGCCCCUCAACAGUACGACCGCCGGAUAUGCCACUCGUCUCGACACGGCGUCCGAUGCCGAGAUCGAAUUCGUACUUCCGCAACGCCGAAGACCUUUUACGGUCUCGAGAGUCGUCUACGUCUCGCCAGGAAAGCGACACUACGGAACCCCCAGGUCCCAGCACCGAAAACCCGCCAUCCCCCCAAAAAGCAUUUCAGCCGAGGGUCGACGGCCUCUCGAAACUCUUCAACCGUGCAACAGACGUCCUCCGUCAUUCGACGCUGGCUGACGGUGUUGCCUUCUUCGGAGCCACGGCAACGACUGCUACACCCGGAGGUCAGUCGAGGUCUGGCAGGAAUCAGUCGUCGGACGAUGAGGACGCCACACGACCCGCCACUUCAGGCUCUGGGCUCGACAGCUCCGACUCUGACACCUCACCAUCCGCCAGACCCUGCAAGAUUCUGAGUUUCUCCGUGGCCGAUGAAAGAGCGCGCGCUCGCAUUGAGCAGGGCCCGGCGCUUUCACUCGGCAUCCUUGAAAAGUACUUCUCCAUGUUUCCCAUGGGCAAGACCUUUUCCUUUACCGAGGCCGGCCUCGGGGUAUCAUCAGGGGACGACAGUGCUAGUGAUAGGGAGACUAUGGGUGUCGACGGCGCACUGCCACCCGAUAAAUCCGAAGGCAGACGCCGCAAGGUUAAGAUGGUCCACGAAGAGCUCCUCAAGAAGAUCCCUGGUGCAAAAACGGUAGUCUUUGUGCCUUUAUUCGACUACAGCGAAGACAGGCUUGCCGGUGGAUGUUUCCUGUGGACCUCCGUCACUGGCCGCAUGAUGAAUCUGGACCAAGACCUCUCCUACCUCCGCGCCUUCAGCAACAGUAUCAUGACCCAAGUCGGCCGCAUCAAUAGCCAAAAGAACGAGGCUGCAAAGACGACCUUUAUCGCGAGUAUGAGUCACGAACUCCGCAGUCCUCUACACGGCAUCCUCGGAUCCGCCGAGCUCCUCCAAGAUACCAGCACAGACGCGUAUCAAUCCGGCCUCAUCAGCUCUAUUGCCACCUGCGGAAAGACUCUGCUCGACACCUUGAAUCACGUACUCGACUACAGCAAGAUCAACAGGCUUGGACGGGCGCAGAUGAGGAGGCGAGCAAAACAGAACCAAAGCAGACCGGUCGCCAUUACGUCAGACUCUCUUGAAAGCUUGAGCAUGUCCUCCGUGGUAGACCUUGCUGUCCUCGUCGAAGAGGUUGUUGACGCCAUCGCGGCCGGCCACGCCUUCAAGAAACUAAUAGGCGCGGGCUCUCUGGAUGGGCCCAAGCCUAGCAUCAGUGUCCAGGAAACGAAUAAUGUGAGGUCGGUGGGCAAUUUCCAAGCUCCGGGGGCCAAGGGUACUGUAUCGAUAUUGCUGGACGUCGACCCGAAAAUACCUUGGCUGGUAAAAGCGCAACCAGGUGCCCUCCGGCGUAUCAUCAUGAACCUGUUUGGAAACGCCUUGAAGUACACGACCGAAGGCUACGUCCUUGUCUCCCUGACCGGCCAGUCAAGAUCGGAGGGGACUAAGAUCGACGCAUUGAUACGAGUGGCCGACUCUGGCAAAGGUAUGUCCGAGGAGUUCCAACAAACACGGCUGUUCCUUCCAUUCAGCCAGGAAGAUUCGUUUCAGCCCGGCACAGGGUUGGGUCUCAGUAUCGUCAAGCAAAUCGUCGACUCUUUGAGAGGAAGUCUCGAGGUCAGGUCCGAACAAGACAGAGGGACCGAAUUCGACGUACAUCUCAGCUUCACAUCAGCAUCCGAUGACACGGAAGGACCUCGCGAGCCGGACGAGGUGAUGCGCAGUACCGUGAACGAGACCAAGGGAAUGAAGAUUGUCCUCCUGGAGGAGGAGCGCACCGCCGAUACCCCACCCAUGCCGAAACACGCUGCGAAACUGAACCAGAUUCUCACAGAGACCUGUUCCGAAUGGUUCAAGAUGAACGUUGCUGAAGAAAAUCCAUCCGACCCACCAGAUGCAGACAUGUAUCUCUACUCUGAGCCACCCACGGUGGAAGUGUUGGAGAAGCGCUUCAAGAACAACUCGCGGAGAUCGCCCAGCCAGAAGAAGGCACCCUUUGUCAUUAUCUGCCCGACAGCUGAAGAAGCAGUCAAAAUUCUUCAGGACCACAGCAAGCUGUUGUUGGACUUUUCAGAAAUUGUUGAAGUGAUACCGCAACCAUGCGGCCCACGAAAACUCGCCAAAGUGUUUAGCCACUGCCUCAAGCGGGUAGAAGAUUUAGAGAGGAGUCAGGCAAUGGCACGAAAUUCAUCCGGGCUGCUGGCUCCGGUCCCACUGACCCCUGGGAGAACCGCUCCCGAGAACGAGGUGCGCCAGGUCGAAAGAGUCGGCACUCCCCUCCACCAGCAAGCCAGGCCCGAGCAACUUGAACCCGCAAUGGGUGUACAGCCCCUCAUUAAGCCUCUUGGCGCAAUGGCGCUCUCGCCGGCCCUCAACGGCGGCCAGCCGGUCCUGGUCGGCCAGAAGAGCGUGACGCUGCACGUCCUGCUCGUCGACGACAACCAGAUUAACCUCAAGCUGCUCGUCAUGUUCAUGAAGAAGUGCGGCUUCACGUACGAGCAGGCCGAGAACGGACAAGAGGCGCUCGACCGGUUCAUCGAGGCCUCGAGCUCGUCCAUCGAGGCGAGCGCCAGCAAGCGCCGGCGCUUCGAUUUCGUGCUCAUGGACAUUAGCAUGCCCAUCAUGAACGGGUUCGAGGCGACAAAGCGCAUUAGGGAUUACGAGCGGGACAAUAGGCUGCAGGCGACGACGGUGGUGGCGCUGACGGGCCUGGCGAGCGCGGACGCGCGGCGGGACGCCGAGACGUCUGGGUUCGAUGUGUUCCUGCCCAAACCGGUGCGCUUUGCCGAGUUGCAGAAGCUGCUUACGGCGUCGUGA